AUGUCAGGCUCAGAGCGUUCGAUACCCAGGCCGAGUUGUCAACCAUCAUCAGUCGAUUUCAUUGACCAUCACCUACCUCGACAUCACAAAGCUUUCUCUGACCUUAUGGUACAUUAUGAUUCUUCACUGGGAAGAUACGUGCCCAGCAAUCAGGCUCUGGCAACAGCGGCUGAAAACACGUCCACAUUUAACUCGCCCUUUGGCACAGUAUCGUCCCCUCACAGCACUUCGCAAGGUCCUGAGAAUACAUCGCAUGGAACGGUCCCUCUCAGGCCAGCAUGGGAUACCAUAGGAUCCAUGGCUCUUUGGAAUGAGAUCUUUCAAGAAGCCAUGAACCAAUUCAGGGAUGCGACAACGGAGCCCAAAGACCGGUGUAAGUCCGGAACCAGUAUCCGGGCUGAGGGCGACUGGGAGUCUGUUUACACGAAGCUCGAAAAAGCCCAGAGAUACUACCAAGAUGAAGGCGGCCGAGUAGGGUGGUUCAGAAAGAAACGAAGAGACGCUGCCGAUCAAGCGCCCUUUGUGGCCGAAGUUGUGGGAAACGCUGCAAAAGUCUUGCCAGAUAGCGUGUUCUCUACCCCAAUUCUGGGCGUUAUACAAGUCAUUUUGGAUACUGUCAAAAAAGGGGCAGAAGUACGCGAUCAAGUGUCUGACAGUCUAGAUGGUCUCAUCCCCAUCUUUUCCGAUGUGGAGCUCUUCUUGUCAACCUUCAGAGGCGAUGAGAAUAUACGAAAGGCGGCAGUAGAUUUGGCUGUCGCAGUAAUAGAAGCGAUCGAACGAGCAAUAGGGUUCUUUACUAGCAAGGAGAUUGUUCGUGGGGUGAAAGCCUUUGGCCUCGGUAGCUUCUAUGAACAUAACUUGGUGCAAAGUCUUGAGUCAAUCAACAAAAAGGCACAAAGGCUCAUGCAAGAAGCAACCAAGUCCGACAUGUUCGAAGGCCGAAUGUACUCACAAGAGACAAUGAGAAUGUUGCAACGAGCGGCGGAUGCGCAGCAAAAGUCAUUAGAAGUACAGAAGCAGAUAUCAGCGGAGCAGGCUAGGGAAAUUUCGUUGCUUACUGACAUCAAAAACUUGCUUGACGACCACCACAAGGAAAGAGACCAAGAAGUCGAAUUCCUCAGAGUCGAGAUCAUUUCUCUGCGAAGUGUAUCUCCAGGUCUAGGGAAUCCAUGGGGGCCGUAUAUGCCACCACCACAGCCUUCGCAACCCGUAUUGGACUGGCCGGUGACCCAAGACAGAUUGCGCCAGAUACUCAGUAGCGGAGAUACCGACCUCGUGGACGCGUCCUUUGCAGCCUCCAGAACUCCGGAUUUCCCCUCCAGGGAACGCGCCCAUGCCCAACAAAUCGUCGGCAAUCAACUCUUCCGCGCUUGGAUGAUGUCCCCGCACUCGACCAAGUUGCUCAUUCACUGGGACCGGAAGCCUCCGAGGCAGGUGGCCAACCUCUCGCCCUUAUCGCUCUUUUGCGUCUCUAUGGCCGAGAUGCUCUACGGACAUCAGCGCUUCAUCCCCCUUCUCUGGCUCUGCGGACGUCAUAUCUCCCCGGGUGAUCGGUUCAGUGGAGGUCGCUCUAUGCUGGCCAGCUUGGCCGGCCAACUGCUUCGGCAACACGAGUUUGACGUGCGUUCUGUCAUGACAGCCGGCGCAGUCGACCUUAGCCGUCUGCAGGCCGGCGACGAGAAGGAGACCCUGAGGUUACUGUAUUUUCUCAUUUGUCAUAUCCCUGAGUCCAUCACGCCCGUUUUUCUUAUCGAUAACGUCAUAUUCUAUGAGCGUGAGGAGAUGGAGGCCGACCUUGCCUUGUCUUCCUUGUUGAAGCUAGUUGUUGACGGGAACCUGCGCGCUGCCGUGAAGGUUCUUUUCACGAGUACACCGGGCACAAGACACAUAAGGGGGGCCUUUGAUGAUGACAAUCUGAUACUGGAGGUCGAUACUCUGCCAAAAACGGUUUGGUCUCCCAGUGACGAACGCGUUUCAAGAGAGUUGGUCUCAGUCGGUAUUCUCCCGCCCCUUCGUGACUGCGAAGGGAGCCGGUCUAGGUCGUCCGAUACCGGGACUGUGAACUUCACAUCUUCUCCGCAAUCCCUAUCAAAUCUCUAUUUAAUCGCUCCUCCAUCCGAAGCUGGACAGUCCUCCAAGAUUGGAAAAGAUAAGAAGCGGCGCUAA